AUGACAGUAAUAAACGGAAACACUCCAGACCACUUGGAAAUUAUCGGAAGUGAAGUAAUUCAGCGUUUAUUAGCAGACAAAUGGAAGGCUUUUGCUGAACGUAAAUUAUUCCAGCGUUUAGCUUUAUUGGUAUUCCAUCUUAUUUGUAUUUGCUUUGUUGUGUAUUUACGCCCUGUAGAAACUGACAGAUUGUAUUUAAUAAAGCCUAUAUGGCCAGAUUGGCUCCGAACAGUCUUCGAAAUAUUAACAAUCAUAAGCUGUUUAUGGUUCGUAUUAGGCCAACAAUUGAGUGAACUACGCACCCAAAGCAUUUAUGACUACUUAAGAAAUUUGAUGAAUGCCCCCUCCAAAAUAGUUUAUUUAUUUGCAAAUUUGUGCCUUCUCGCCUGUGCUGUAUUAAGAAUUUUAAGAAUGCCUCUCUUGGAAGAAGCUUUAUUGUCUUUUGCAUUGCCCGGCUCCUGGAUUUUUUUGUUAUUUUUUGCCCGUAGUGCUAAACUGACUGGGCCCUUUGUCCAAAUGAUUUAUAGCAUGAUUGCUGGAGAUAUGGUAAUUAAUUAAAUAUUUUUUGAAAAUUUUAAAAUACAGUUUCGAUUCUCCAUCAUUUCUUCUAUAUUUCUGAUAUCCUUCUCGCAGGCAUUUUUCUUUUUGGGAAAGGAUAUAGAUGCAAAAAGG